UUAAGCGUCCACAGGCGGCGGAGCGGCCGCAGUCACAGCUCCGGGCAUUGGGGGAACCCGAGCCGGCUGCGCCCGGGGAAUCAGUGCGGGCGCCUUGGAUCGCGGUCCCAUCUUCGCUGCGCUCCUGCACCCCUGAAGUUUUUGCCGUGCCCAGAAAGGAGGCGAGAGAGAAGACAGUAUUAGACAGGAAGAAGAGACAAAAAAAAAAAAACCCUAAACAAACCCUAAAACAUUUAUUUCAAGGCGAAAAGAGGAAAAAAAAGGGGUGUGUGUGUGCAAAAAUGGCUGGGGCAAUUAUAGAAAACAUGAGUACCAAGAAGCUGUGCAUUGUUGGUGGGAUUCUGCUGGUGUUCCAGGUCAUCGCCUUUCUGGUGGGAGGCUUGAUUGCUCCAGGGCCCACAACUGCAGUGUCCUACAUGUCCGUGAAAUGUGUGGAUGUCCGGAAAAACCAUCACAAGAUGAAAUGGCUAAUGCCUUGGGGACCCAAUCAGUGUGACAAGAUCCGAGACAUCGAGGAAGCAAUUCCAAGGGAAAUCGAAGCCAAUGACAUUGUGUUUUCUGUCCACAUUCCCCUCCCCGCCAUGGAGAUGAGUCCUUGGUUCCAGUUUAUGCUGUUUAUCCUGCAGUUGGACAUCGCCUUCAAGCUGAACAACCAAAUCAGAGAAAACGCAGAAGUUUCUAUGGAUGUUUCUCUGGCUUACCGCGAUGAUAUAUUUGCUGAAUGGACUGAAAUGGCCCAUGAGAGAGUACCCCGGAAGCUCAAAUGUACUUUCACAUCCCCCAAGACCCCAGAGCAUGAGGGCCGCUACUAUGAAUGUGACGUCCUUCCGUUCAUGGAAAUUGGGUCCGUAGCUCAUAAGUAUUACCUUCUAAACAUCCGGCUGCCUGUUAAUGAGAAGAAGAAAAUCAAUGUUGGGAUCGGAGAGAUAAAAGAUAUCCGGUUGGUGGGAAUCCACCAAAAUGGAGGCUUCACCAAAGUUUGGUUUGCCAUGAAGACCUUCCUCACCCCCAGCAUCUUCAUCAUCAUGGUGUGGUACUGGAGGAGGAUCACCAUGAUGUCCCGACCCCCUGUGCUUUUGGAAAAAGUCAUCUUUGCCCUUGGGAUCUCGAUGACCUUUAUCAAUAUCCCAGUGGAAUGGUUUUCCAUUGGGUUUGACUGGACCUGGAUGCUGUUGUUCGGGGACAUUCGCCAGGGCAUCUUCUACGCAAUGCUUCUCUCCUUCUGGAUCAUCUUCUGUGGCGAGCACAUGAUGGAUCAGCAUGAGCGGAAUCACAUUGCAGGGUAUUGGAAGCAAGUCGGACCAAUUGCUAUCGGCUCUUUCUGCCUCUUCAUAUUUGACAUGUGUGAGAGAGGAGUACAACUCACAAACCCCUUCUAUAGUAUCUGGACUACAGAUGUUGGAACAGAGCUGGCUAUGGCCUUCAUCAUUGUGGCAGGGAUCUGCCUCUGCCUCUACUUUUUGUUUCUGUGCUUCAUGGUAUUUCAGGUGUUUCGGAACAUCAGUGGGAAGCAGUCCAGCCUGCCAGCCAUGAGCAAAGUCCGGCGGCUACACUAUGAGGGACUAAUUUUCAGGUUCAAGUUCCUCAUGCUUAUCACCUUGGCCUGUGCUGCCAUGACUGUUAUCUUCUUUAUUGUCAGUCAGGUGACAGAAGGCCAUUGGAAAUGGGGUGGUGUCACAGUGCAAGUGAACAGCGCUUUCUUCACAGGCAUCUACGGAAUGUGGAACCUCUAUGUCUUUGCUUUGAUGUUCUUGUAUGCUCCAUCCCAUAAAAACUAUGGGGAAGACCAGUCCAAUGGUGACCUGGGUGUUCACAGUGGGGAAGAAUUGCAGCUCACCACAACCAUCACCCAUGUGGAUGGACCCACCGAGAUCUACAAGUUGACCCGCAAGGAAGCCCAGGAGUAAGAAGCUACGCCACCAGGCUGGGACUAGCUCUCCACGCUAACCCCUCUCACUGGAGCAGGCUGCCACCACGGAGAGUGCAUUGUGCGGGUGCCUCGUGUCUCCUAGCUGUGAUUUCCUGAACCAAUGGUGUGGACAUUUGUCAGGUGGCCUUCUGAUGGUAGCUUGUGGAAGAGGACUCCUGCAGCCACCUGGUGUGUUGGUGUUUGUAUGAUAAUGAAACCUCUGGUAUGACACAUUUUCUGUCAUCAUUGUUAAUUAGUGACAUAGUAACAUCUGUAGCAGGCAGUUAGAAACCCUCAUGUAUUGGGGCAUGUACUUCUUAGGGGAUGGUUUGGGCUGGAUGGGGUCUAUAUUGUGUGGAAUAUGCCUUUUUUUUUUUCUAUUUUAGAUUCUGAGAUAGGUUUUUAAUAUUCUUUGUAGUCCAAACUUUGCUGGUGUCAGAGUCUCCUCACUUCAUCCAUGACCACUUAUUUUUUCCCCUAUUUAUAUCACCAAGUAGCCUACUGAGUUAAUAUUUAAGUUGUCAAUAGAUAAUGUGUCCUGGUUUUUUAUGGCUUAAUAUAAAAAUAACUGAAUUUCAUAAGAAGUUCUAUUAUACCCAGAGGCAUUUCAGCUUUGAAACCAAAUCUGUGUAUCCAGUACGAAGCAGUCUAUUGGAUGUAGGUUUUGAAAACUGUUUGCUAAACUCCCCAAGUAGGAUGUAUGGUAUUAAAUGGCCUUUGGGUCCUAAAAGCUUUUUUUAACCUCUUGCUUAAAAUGUGUUUUCUUUUGAUAAGAUGCUUCAAACAGCCUCUAAAAGUGUAGCUUCAAUCAUUUAAAUAAAUCUGUAUGUAUAUGCA